AUGAUAGUCGUUGACGCGCAGGGACAGAUUGCCUUCGUGUCUGGUAGAAGUGGGAACCCUGAAAUCUACGUGAUGGACGCCGAUGGAGGCAAUCUGCGAAGACUCACCGAUAAUUCCGAUCGGGACUUCUCUCCCGCAUGGUCCCCCGACGGUAAACGGAUUGCCUUCAUAUCUGAGAGGGAUGGGCACCCUCGCCGUGUCCCCGGUUGGUUUGCUUCUGAAAUCUACGUGAUGGAUGCCGAUGGGGGGAAUCAGCAAAACCUCACUAAUAAUCCCGCUAAUGACAGAUCUCCCUCGUGGUCACCCGAUGGCAAACGAAUUGCCUUCCAUUCAAAUAGGGAGGGGCGCUUUAACUAUGAAAUCUACGUGAUGGACGCCGAUGGGGGUAAUCUUCAAAGACUCACGGAAAAUCCCAAUCUGGACGAGGAUCCCGCAUGGUCACCGGAUGGUGAACGGAUUGUCUUCUCGUCUGCGAGGGAGGGGCACGUUGUACACAACUUGGACAUCACUGAUGAAAUCUACGUGAUGGACGCCGAUGGUGGUAAUCAACGAAGACUCACUGACAAUCGGAAUAGUGACUGGUCUCCCUCCUGGUCCCCUGACGGUAAACGGAUUGCCUUCAUGUCUGAUAGGAAGGGAGACCAUAUAAAAUUUGAAAUCUACGUGAUGGACGCCGAUGGGGGUAAUCAACAUAAACUUACCAAUCACCGCACUUGGGACGGGUCUCCGUCAUGGUCCCCCGACAGUCAACGUAUUGUCUUCAAUUCUAAUAGGGAUGGGAAGAGUGAAAUCUACGUGAUGGAUGCCGAUGGAGGUAAUCUUCAAAACCUCACCAAUCAUCCGCAUAGUGAUUAUGGUCCUGCAUGGUUGAACACUCCUUUUUCGGUUUCUCCCGCCGGCAAAAGGUUUACAACGUGGGGUUGGCUUAAACGGGUUGACCAGUAA